GCCCAGGCCAUCUGCCAGCCCAGGCCAUCUGCUUUCUGCUUGGUUGGCUCUGGUCCUGGCACCUUGGAUUGGACCAUCGGAUGCCGCCAUCGGCCGCCUGUCUCGAGCAGUACAGCGUCAAUGUCCCGGCACCAGACCCGCCAAGAGUUGGCGCCGGCGCCAUCCCGAAGUGUUGAGCGGCCGUCUGGUGCAUGGUGUUCGUUUGCGGAUAAGGCACACCUGCUGCAUGUCCGUCGCUCGCUGGAUCGGCUUUGACCUUGAUCGUCAAUACAACCGAAGCAAUACCCGGAGCCUUUUGGUGGGCAAGCUCUGAUUUCAAACCAUCACCUGGCAGCAUGAAAACCGCACUCUGGGGACUGGCCGCGUUCCUUUGCUCGCUGGCUCAGCUUGGCUCCUCUGCUCCACUGGGAUCAUUCAGCCACCUCGGACUCGCUUGGGCAAAGGAUCGCCGAGCGGAACAGACACUGCCCGGUCCCGUCAGCGGCCUGCAACUGUGCAAGACAACUGGAUUCUGCUAUGCAAGUGUCGCGACCAGCCACUUCUGCUGGGACGAUAUCGCCAGUCAGCUGAGUCAUCCACCCGUGGGAAUCGUCGCAAAAUCCAAGGCAGCGUGCACGGAGUGCAUCCGCCUGUUUGUUCAGGAUGUGCAGAACAGCACGGAUCCUCGAAUCAGCGGCGCCGUGGCUGGACUCACAAGUGCUUUGAUGAUGGAUUGCGGCAGCAGCUUCAUUGCCACAGGAAACAUCACUGAGGGACCUCUGAGCGGAACUUGGGUCUCAACUGCAGAUGUGUUUGUCAAGCUUGCUAGCCCCAACGAGACAAGCUGAGUGCCAUCCGUGAGCCUUCCCGAGACAAUUAUAAUGUGUGUAGCUGGUGGAUCAAUCCGUUCGAGCUCCCAUUCAGCAAUUUGGUAAACGGUACAUCCACCUUGACAUUCGAGACUUGAGCAGAGGCAGACAGUCAUUCGAUGCACAGUGCAGGGUGCCAGCACCCAUAAUACAAAACAGAGGAGUACAGGCCCCG